AUGAACGUGGCGACAUUCAGCGCCACUUGUUCGCCAUGUACAGCACAAUACAUCAAAAAUGUAAAUGCGACCGAACACGAACAAGAUUUCCCGGCUGCAGCCGAUGCCAUUAUCAGGAAACAUUAUGUUGAUGAUUACCUUGAUAGUGCAGACAGUGUGGAGCAAGCUGUGAGAUUGGCUCAGGAUGUAUGCUACGUUCACUCUCGCGGUGGUUUUCAUCUUCGAAAGUGGCUUUCUAACUCCAAAGACGUCCUACGACGGGUCGGGGAAAGAAAUCCUGAUUCAGAAAAAUGUCUUCUGCUGGAUAAGGCUAGCUCAACCGAGCGCGUGCUUGGGAUGUACUGGCGUCCUGAGCAAGACGUCUUCACAUACACCUACUCAGUGGGACUAGAGGAAACACAUCCUACGAAACGACAGAUUUUGCGGGCCGUAAUGAGCCUUUUCGACCCACUUGGGCUACUCUCUCAUUUCCUCGUAUUCGGAAAAAUCAUAAUCCAGCAGAUUUGGCGCGCGAAAACAGGGUGGGAUGAACCGAUACCGAAAGAGCUUUGUGAACAGUGGACUCAAUGGACAGCAGAAUUCAAGUAUUUAGACCAGAUUAGCAUCCCACGUUACUUCCCGCAAAGAUCCGUGAAAGAUAUUUCGUCGUUGCAGCUGCAUAUCUUCGUAGAUGCUGGGGAAGAUGCGUAUGCUUGCGUAGCAUAUUUACGGGCAGAGUUCUCCGAGAAAAUUCAGUGUGCGAUCAUUGGAGGGAAAACCAAGGUUGCUCCCCUCAAAACGCUUUCUAUCCCGUGGCUGGAGCUCAUGGCGGCAGUCAUUGGAGUGAGAUUGCGAAAGACCAUUAUGAAUUUCCACUCACUUCCGAUCGACAGAUGUAUAUUCUGGAGCGACUCAAGGACAGUUCUGGCCUGGAUCAAUGCCAACCACUGCAGCUAUCGGCAAUUCGUUGCAUGUCGUAUUGGCGAAAUCUUAUCUAAGUCGAAGGUGGAAGAAUGGCGUUGGGUUCCAUCUAGAGAAAAUGUAGCAGACGAAGCAUCGAAGUGGGGCCGAGGACCCUGCCUAUCAACAAGUGGCCGCUGGUUUACUGGGCCAGAAUAUCUUCUAUUGCCGGAGGAACAAUGGCCAGCGGACGUUAAGUCAUUCUUAGAAACGACGACUGAGGAGAUGAAAUCGUGUUUAGUCCACCAGACAAUGAAUGGGGAGGUCGUCAUUGAUUGGUCACGGUUUUCCAAAUGGCAACGUCUUUGGAGGACAAUUGGAUACGUGCAACGAUACGUGAAGAAUUAUAUGCUGAAAGCGAAAGGAAGUGAGCUGCAAGUUGGGUCAUUAACGCAAGAAGAGCUUUACAAUGCGGAAAAAUGUCUGUGGCGGCAAGUUCAACAGGAAAGCUAUCCAGAGGAGAUGAAAACGCUUGAAGCAGCUCUGAGUAAGCACCAGGAUUAG